AUGUUAAUUAGAGAAUAUAGGAUACCUAUGCCAUUGACUCUGGAGGAGUAUAAGAUUGGACAACUAUACAUGGUGGCCAAAGUCAGCAAGAAUCAUACUUCAAAUGGCGAGGGUGUCGAGAUUGUCGAUAACAAGCCAUAUGUAGAUGGAGAGUUUAAAGGACAGUAUACACAUAAGAUAUUUCACAUUGGCAGUCGUCUGCCUAACUGGCUGAGGGUUAUCGUACCACAGACCGCACUUCAAGUCGAGGAGAAAGCUUGGAAUGCAUUCCCAUACUGCAAGACACAAUAUGCUUGUCCAUUCCUUGGAGAAAGGUUCUCAUUGUCAAUCGAAACAAGAUAUGUUCAGGAUGCAGGAGUACAAGAUAAUUGUUUGAACCUUGGACCAGAGGACCUUUCUGUACGUGAGGUCGACGUUGUAGACAUUGCAUUCGAUCCAAUCGAGCCGACAAAGUAUAAGGUUGAGGAGGAUCCAACAUUGUUUGAGUCAAAGAAGACUGGCAGAGGGAAGCUCGACAAGGACUGGAUAAAGACAAACAGUCCAAUGAUGUGCAGCUACAAAGUGUGUAAAGCAGAGUUCAAGGUCUGGGGACUCCAGACCAGGGUCGAGCAGUUCAUCCACAAGACUGCUGUCAGAGACAUCUUGUUUAUGGGUCAUCGCCAAGUGUUCUGUUGGAUAGAUGAAUGGUUUGGAAUGGACAUGACUUCAAUUCGCAGGUUUGAGGAUCAGACCAAGAUGGAUUUAAACAAGGUACGCGAAGAUAUCAUAUGGCAU